AUGUUGGCAAGCGAUUAUGUACUGGAUCUGUGCAACGUGCAUUAUACGGGUCAGGUCGAACCAGGAAAAUGCGCUCAACGUCUUCUGGGCAACACCAAGACGGGAGUCAUCUUGAAAGAUGUUGUAAUGACUGUGCACAGCGGCGAGGUCAUGGCAAUUCUCGGAUCGAAGGGAAGUGGCAAACGGGCCGUCUUGGACGUGAUAUCGCGGAGAGCCCAAGGAACAGCACGAGGUACGGUGCUACUAAAUGGGGUCCCACUCACUUUGAGGGUAUUCCAACAACGUUGUGGUUAUGUGACACAACGAUGCGACUUAAUACCUGGUCUAACAGUCCAACAAACAUUAACAUAUACGCCAACAAUAUUGGGAGGAUACAUGAAAAUGUCUAAAGUUAAACAAGUUUUGGCAGACUUAGCUUUAUCACAAGUAGCUCACAAAAAAAUAGAAAAGCUAACAUUAAGCGAAUAUCGCAGACUGGUGAUUGGAGUUCAGUUGAUGCGUGAUCCCGUAAUCCUUCUGCUGGAUGAACCUACAUGGAAUUUAGAUCCGCUUAACACAUAUUUAAUAAUAUCCAUAUUAUCAAACACGGCGAAAAAGACCGGUUGUGGUAUUAUUUUAUCUCUAGAAAAACCAAGGUCUGAUGUAUUUCCAUUUUUGGACCGAGCGCUGUAUCUGUGUUUGGGAGGAGUAGUAUAUUCAGGGGGGACUAGGGCAAUGUUGGAAUAUUUUCAUGAUAUUGGAUAUCCAUGUCCACGUAUGGAGAAUCCACUAAUGUACUAUUUAUGUUUGUCAACUGUCGAUCGACGUUCGAGAGAGCGAUUUAUCGAAUCAAACCAGCAAAUUGAGGCUUUAGUUGAAAGAUUUCGACAAGAAAGAAUACCAGGGCCUAGUUUAGGAGCUGCAGCUUCCAAAGUGACUUUGGCAUAUGGAAAACCUGGACAAGCAAAAGUCAUAGCUGUAUUAUAUAUGCGGAUAUUGUCAUCAAUAUUUAGUUGGAGCUCUUAUGGCAUCCAGCAACUUUUCCUGAGACUGUUUUGUAUGCCAAUAUUUUUUGCGAUUCUUUGGAUAUUUUAUAGCAACAUUGGUAACUUUCAGAGGGCAUUCAUUACGAAAAACGGAUUGGUUUUUAACAUGCAAACGAUGGCAUAUGCAUCUGGUCUCAUUAACACCAUUAUCAUUUUUCCAAAAUGGCGAACAAGAUAUUACCAGGAAUGCCAAGAAGGUCUAUAUGGUGGUCCAGCCCUAUUAUUUUCGUGGAAUUUAGUUUCACUACCUUUCUCUAUAAUAUCAAGUACAGCUGCAAUAGCUAUUAUAUACCCCCUCGUAUGCAGUAUGGAAGAUAUGCGUUCUAUGGCAUAUAUGACUCUGUCUAUAUGGUCAUGUUUUAUAUUUUCGGAGCAGCUGACUAUUGCUAUUUUGAUGAUUGUUAAAUAUUCUUUAAACGCGGCUAUAUUGAGCGUAUAUCUUCUGUCUAUACUAUUGACGUUAUCCAGUGGUGCUUUAAGAUCUUUCCGUGGAUUGCCAGACUGGUUGCAAACUCUAACUUAUAUGACCCACACACGCUACUCAUCAAAUGUUCUCUAUCGAUUGAUAUUUAGUCAACCCUCUUUGACAAAUUUACCAUAUAAUAGAAACUACAACUGCACUAAUAUCAGUUUAAUAGAAACAUCUAAUUUCAAUGGUCAAAAUUCCAAUGCAAAUUGUAAAUACUUGUCAGGCAGUGAGUAUCUCAUUGAACGGUUUAGUAGAACUGGACUUAUCGGAGAAACCGUGUUAGAAGAAUUGGAGUCAGAUUUUAAUCUUGGAUUGAGUUUUGCUUUUGCUUUUGGAUUUAUAAUUCUAAACAAGAUGCUUUACACUUUACCUUUGCCUACAUUUAUCAAGAAUAGAUUCAGAGAGUAA